AUAUAUAAUUAAUGUAAUAAGAAUUAUUGCCUUCAAAUCAAUUAAAUAGUACCGAAUUCGAACUAAGUUAAGUUUGCCCUUAAGUUUGGCUCGACACUGUGGCCACACUUGUAAAUCAGCUGUUUUUUAUUUAUAUGCGGUUGCCGAAUUAAUUUAAAGUUAAUGUAAACUUUGCUAUAUUAUGGCUCACUUGGGAAGUUCUGAUACUGAAAUCUACCACUACGAUGCAUGUGUUACAGCAGAUAAAUGUUUGCUAUCAGCUCCACUGCACAUCUUCCAAAGCUACAUGGAACAAGCUGUGUGCAAUCCAUUGGAAAUUCAAACUGUGGAAAAAAACUCAAAAUAUUGUGCGUGGGAUAUCCUACGAGAUAGUUUAAAUGUUCUGCCUGUAAUAUUGCCCACAUUGUUGGGUCUCACAUUGUCGCAGCUGCUCUGCCAACACUUGCCACUGCGUUCCAUGCGUCGUUUCCUUGUGGAAUUCCUGCUGACUGCCCUGCCCACCGUCUGCAGCAGUACAGUGACCAGUGGCUAUAAUAAACUCUACUGUUUAGUGAUUGGAACAUUGAUUACGCUGCUGAUCUUCCGCUAUGGUACUUGGCGAGGAGCUGCUGCUAAACACUGUUACGACGUGGGCAAGAAACCGGCAGCGAUUACCUUGCUAAGGGCAACGUCUUACAUCUGCACUGGCUGUGUCAUCUUGGCUGUAGACUUUAAAGUCUUUCCCUUUGAGUGGCGCAAAAAUCGCACAUAUGGUGCCUCCCUAAUGGACGUCGGCAUUGGCAUGUUUGUCAUGUCAAUGGGCGUAGUCUCACAGCGUGCCCAGAACUUGACUGAUAUGAGGCGAGUGGUUAGGGUUGUGUUACCGCUGUUGAUGCUUGGCUUGACGCGCACUGUGGUCAUCACACUGAUCAACUACGAUCAGGAUGAGCAUGAGUAUGGCACACAUUUGAAUGCCUUCUUUACGCUGGGCUUUACCAAACUGCUGGGCAGUCUUUGCAGUCUGCUCGCACGCUCCGAUAAGCAGCUGCUGCCGCUGGCAUUGGUUAUACUUGCGCUGCACGAGUUUCUUUUGCAACUAGGUCUCUCAGCCUAUGUCAUGUCAUCUGCCAAUCGCAAUAAUCUCUUAAGCGCAAAUCGCGAGGGUUUAAGCGCGUUGCCGGGCUGCAUUUCGCUCUAUCUGCUCAGCACCUGGGGUGGCAGGUGGUUCAAGUCAAAGGACAAGCUUAACUAUGCCCAGUUUCUAAGCAAGCUGCGCAACAUGCUGCUGGUAACAAGUGCAUCCUGGCUGUUAGCCUUUGCGAGCAUCUUCCUCUUCGGCAUAGCACGCGUCACCUUCAAUGCUGGCUAUGUCUCUUGGUUGUUCAGCAUAGGCACGAUCCUCCUGCUGCUGUGCUCGUUUCUGUUCGAGUUCUGUAUGAUGGCGCCAACAGGAAAGCCAACGUCUUUGCCCGCCAUUGUGGAGACCAUCAAUUUGAAUGGAUUAACACAUUUCAUACUCUGCAACUUGUUGACGGGCCUCGUCAACUUAACACUGAACCCAGCGAAGCGUAGCAGCGGCGAAUGUGUCGCCAUCCUAAUGCUCUACAUGCUCGCUAGCACUGGCAUGGUCUAUGUGCUGUUUCGCAAGGGCAUACGCAUUGCCUAGACUGCAGCUGUGACUAUUAUAUAUAGUUGUAUAUAAUUUAAUUGAGUUUAUUUUGUAAGUAUUUGUUAAGCGCCAAAUGCUGGCUUCACUUAAGUUUUAUAUAGAUUGAUAUUGCUACAUUCCAAAUUUAUUGUAUCUAGUCGGGAGUGCUUGGCUAGGAGAUGCCCGCAACUUG